AUGGAUCAAUUCAACGAUCUCAUCCGCACCCAGGAACUCCUUUCAGCGGCCUGUGAGAAGCGAUCCGACAGUCCUCCAUUGCCCGCAGUCACUUCCGAGAAGAAACAUCUUUGCACCAUUUGCGGGCAGGGAUUUUAUCGCGCCGAACACUUGAGACGCCAUCAAACACGACAUACCGGCGCAAGACCCUUUUCAUGCACUUUUUGCGGUCGAGAUUUUUCACGCAAAGACCGCCUCCAGACUCAUUACCACAUUUGCCAGUGGCGGGGAGACCGCGAGCCUCCCAGUUCAGUUCCCAAGGGUCGACGACCACAUGCUUGUGUAACGUGUGUGAAUUCCAAGAUACGAUGCGAUGGAGGUAAUCCUUGCGCUCAGUGUAAGAGGAAACAAGUCACGUGUCGUCAGAAGGGUUCGACCAAGGAAAACUCUUCGUCAACGGGCACGAAGAAAGCAAGCGCUUCUACCCCCGCGUCCGUCGCUGUCGCUGCCGCGGCUGCUGAUGAUCGGGUGUCUAUCAAAGCGUUGCUGAAUGGCGGAACCGACACAUUCACAAGAACAUACAAUCUCCCGCCAUGUGACGACCGAAUGCAGAGCAUGCAAUUCCACCAGGAACAGGUCGAGUCAGGAGAGACAAGCGAGAUCAAUGACGUUAAAGUGGGCGACCCGAGUCCGAACUCGAUCGACUAUUCCGGCUUGUUUGAAUCCUUCAUGGACACGAACGAACAAUACUUGGACUUCUGGAAUGGGCCGUUUGGCCUCGUGCCCUCGCCAAAUUAUGCCGACAUGCAGCUGGAUUUCUACGACCCCUCCAUCGGCCCCGGAGACAUGCGCUUUGGGCCAACUCCGUCGGACUCUGCGUCUAACCCACCAGACCACGCUCAAUAUAUCUCAGCGGUCAACAUGGCCAUCUACAACAAGCUUUGGUGUCUGGCACUCGACGACAAGGCUCGACAGGAACUGACGGCGUGUCUUAAUUUCCUCUUGACUCCCGAAAGGAUCCCGAAAUUCAUCUCCAUGUACUUCCGCAACUGGCACCUCAAUUGUCCAAUGCUGCACAAACCUUCCUUUGACCCUGCCAAAGCGCAGACGUCGCUAGUCAUCAGUAUCAUCUUUGUGGGAGCGAUGUAUUCCAAGGAUCAAUCCGAGAGAAUGGCGGCGAAGAAACUGGUCGACGUUGCAGAACUGGUCGUCUUUGACUCGGAGAUUUUCUCUUUCGAAUCCGAGAUUAUCAAAUUCAUACAGGAGUCUUCCUCAACGCCAGCACCGUCAGAAACAACCGAACCUGCGGCGGACCCGGAAUGGAAUCGCUUUCAAGAGGUCCAGGCAGGAUUUCUGAUGGUCAUUGCACAGUACUGGUCUGGUGCACGAGUACCGAAACGUAGGGCCCUGGAGACUCGAUUGGGAGAAGUCAUCAAGGUCCUACGGAAAUACAAUUACCAUCACGCGCGUCAUCAGCCGUCAGAUCGGAUAUCGGAGAAUGCCUGGCUACAGAAGGAGUCUCGAAUCCGCACGGUCGCCAGCAUUGCCCUGCUCGACUGUGCGGGCCGGAUUUACACUAAUUUUCCCUGUCGCAUGUCUCCUGUCGAGUUCGAUACCGAUUUACCGUGCAAGGAAGCCAUCUUCAGCUCGCGACAUCCGUUCAUGCAAAGCGAUUCCAUAUUUGCUCCUCGACAGACCAUAGCUGAAGCCUUUUCGUCACUCUUCGAGGGCAAGGCGAAGACUUCAUCCGCGGGCCUGUCGUCUUCCAUGGCUCUUGUCAACUCCAAUUUUGCCGAGAAUCCCAGCCAACCUCUGGAAACUGAUGCCAAUGGAGAAUACACUCCGUUUGAUCUAUUCAUCUUGAUUCAUUUACUGUACACGCAUAUCCAUUCUUGUAUCGUCACCCUGUCACACGAUCUACCUUCCAAGACCACGAAUCGCUCAGUCAGUGCAUCAAAAUGGGGAGCAGUGUUUGAGAAUCUCAAGACAGCAUUGGAACGAUGGCGACAGCUGUGGCAGGCUGUUCGAUCGCAUGCCACGGACGAGACUCUCAAGUCUGCUGGCAUGUACAGAAAUUCAUUUCAUUUUUGGAUGAUUUGUCAAUUAAUUUUGAGCAAAGAGGAGGCAGUCGAUGUUAUCACACGUAUGGAAGUUAACUGCGACGAUGCCCUGAGGAAACUCAAGGUGUUGUUUCAGAACGAGAAUGAUUGA